UUUAAUUGUUGCUGUACUGAAUUCUUGAUUUGAAACUAAUGCAAAAUAAAAUAAUAAUAACAUCGUCAACUAAUAAAAACGAAAUAAUGAAUAUCCAAUGGGUCAAGGACAAGAUCACCUUGGGAAAUAUAUUCAAUCGUCAUCAACGAUUUCAACGAAAUGAUUCUUCUAAUUCAAAUUCAAGUACAAAUUCUGCACCGGUUACAGCUACAAAUACGCCCAUUGCAACACCCGUACAUCAUCAACGAAUGGGUAGCACAAUUAAUCGAAAUCAAUCAUCUGUCACUAAUCAUAAGUCGCAGCAUCAACCAAAUUUGGCAUAUUCAAAUCGUCAGAAUAGCUUUCCUGCUCCCAGACCUAAAAAAUAUUCACAAACAUCAGGUGGCCACCCUAAAUUGGCUGUCAAAUCCAAUUCUGCUAGUUCAAUUACAACUAAUCAUGGAACAUCAAGUGGAAGUCUACGUCGUCGCCGUUUCAAACAACAAUAUCAAUCACGUAUGAAUGAACGACGAUUGUCGACACAAGGCAGUUCCGGCACAUCUAUAUCCACUAGUCAGGAAUACUCCAGCACUGGAACGAGCAUAACAGCGAAUCCCGUAGUUGAUCGUUUAUUAGAUUAUAUCCGAGAAAAUUACACCAAACAAAUGGAACCGUUUCCGUUCGAAAUUGGCAAAAAGAUUCGUCUAACUUCUUUCGCUUCAUUUCGAAUGGAAUCCGGUCAACUAUAUGGCGCAUCAAAUUUCGAACGAAUCGGUGAUUCGAAAUUGAUCAAAUCAGCCGAUGAAUUCACACAAAUUAUACUCGCAUCGAACAUAUUAUUCAGCGAUAUAUUGGUGGAGAUAUUAUUCUCGGCCAAAAUUGCACGCUUCAUGAUGCGUGAUAAACAUCUACGGAUAUUCAUUGAAAAAUGUAUUGUUUAUGUUGAGCUGGCCAUCGAUCAUACAAUGUCGGCUAAAAUUAAAAUCUUACGACUCGUAUCUAUGGAUGGUGUCGAAGCUAGAACUCGUGGAAUACCAUUUCCAUUAAAUAAAAGUUUUGAUGCAUAUGCAUUGAAAACUGUACAUACGAUGGCAGCCCAUUCCGAACAAUACACCAACCAAAUCGUUACCAUCGUCAAUCAAUUCUGUGAUAAUCUCAUUGAAAAUGCAAUCAAAUCGCUCAGUUUGAUGGAUUUGUUUUGGUAGUUUCGAUGUUCAUUUACAGAAAUCAUUUAAAAAUUAUAUCCAAAACCGGUCCUAAACCAUCAAAUAAUUUUCCAAUAAACUAUCCAUUAUUUUU